AUGCUCUGGGUCCCGGCACUGAAGACCAAAAAGAGGGAGACUUCUGAUAUGGAAGACCUAGAGGUCCUAGGCAGCAUUGCUUUUGAUUUGCAGAUAAACAAGGAAGAUCGAAUUAAAAAGGCAUUUGUUUCAUUAGUAGACAAAUUAGGUACACCUGAAUUUCUUCCUGAAUACUCCGAACUCUAUCAGUAUAUUCUUACUCUUGCCAAAGUCAAAGAACAAGCCGAUCUUCUGUGGCCAGGCUCCCUUAUAGAAGAAAUCUAUCCAGCUCUUUCAUCCAGCUGUCCUUUUCAAGAUACUUCAGAUACUCCACUUGCCUUCACUGAAAUUGCCACUACUAAUGUCCAUCACAAGACAUCUGAACUUGAUUCAACGCCGCAUUUGGUUUAA